GUCGAUAAUAGUAUCAGUCACCUGCUCUGAUUAAGUGCACAAUGUUCACCAAAGUGGUCGCCCUUAGCGCCGUGUUGGCCGCUGCCAACGCCGGUCUGCUGCCGCUGCACCACGCGGCCACCUCCUCGCAGAGCAUCGUGCGCCACGACGCGCCUGCGCACUACGCGCACUACGCCCCCAUCCACCAUGCCCCCUUAGUGCAUGCCCCCCUCAUCCACCACGCCCCCGUUGUCCAUGCUGCCCCCAUUGUGCACGCUGCCCCCAUCCACGUUGAGCACUCCCACCCCAAAUACGACUACGCGUACUCCGUGGCUGACCCGCACACCGGCGACCACAAGUCCCAGCACGAGUCCCGCGACGGUGGCGCCGUGCACGGCAGCUACUCUCUGGUUGAGCCUGAUGGCUCCGUCCGCAAGGUCGAGUACACCGCUGAUGACCACCAUGGUUUCAACGCGGUCGUCCACAAGACCCCCGGCCACCACCCCGCGCCCGUGGUCCACGCCCCCCUCGUCCACGCUGCCCCCCUCGCGCACAUCGCCCUCGCCCCCCUCGGACACGGCCAUCAUGGACUCCACUACGUAGUGUUAUUUAGCGUGGCAAUAGCCAUCUGCCAUGCAGGUUACAUCGGAUUGGAUGCGACCUCGUCACAAACUGUAGUUCGCCACGACGAACUCAACCAACACGGACAUAUUGCACAUUCCGGACUUGCCUCACAUGCUGGAGACGUCAGUGCUCCCAUCUAUGAGCCGAGCUAUGAAAACGAAGCGCAGUAUGUGUACCAAGACGCAGGAUACAACUCUGAAGAUUACUACCAUGGACAGAACCAGGCUUAUGAAGAGUACUCUGGUGGCGUUCAGCUUCAUGGGGCAUACCAGCCUCUUGCAACUUACGCGUCUGGAUAUAAUAACUACGCUCCUCCGAAGUACCACUUCACAUACUCUGUGUCGGACCCGCACACCGGCGACCACAAGGCGCAGUUCGAGUCGCGUGAUGGCGACGUCGUGAAGGGCAUGUAUACUCUGGUGGAACCGGACGGCAACGUGCGCACCGUGCAUUACACCGCCGACGACGUCAAUGGAUUCAAUGCUGUGGUGGAGCGAACGGGCCCAACAGUUCACGAGACAACUUAUCACUGAUAUUUUAUACCUAACCUAUUAAAUUAAUAAGUUUCAAAACAUGUAAUUUAGCUGUUAUUAAUCAUAUAAUAAUAUAAUUACGUCGUUAAUGAAC